AUUUCCUUGAAGCUUAUAAAUUAAAAUCUUGACCGACACCCCCAUACCGGCUAUCACUAAUGACGUUGUAAAGAAACCAAGCAACCAGUCAGAAUCAUAAGUUUAAGAGUACUACACUCGUUUUAAUCUCAAGUAAACGGAAGGUGAUAAUUAACGGUGCCGUUCCCGCGGAGUUUAAAAUUGCUCUAUACAUAAGUGCAGUACGUGCCAAGUGGUGUUUUAGUUGAUUGUUAUUAAAUAUCCCCGAAUAAUGAACAGGAUGUUUAACAAAAUCUUUAAUCGAUCAUCUAUGAGUUUUUCAGUGACUUUAACUAAAAUUAUUCUUUAAUAUUAGUUAAUUGUGUAUUCUAGUUCCAGUUGUAUUAACCAGCUUUCCACUACAGUUCAGCCCGCUGCCCCCAAUAGACAGAGCUCCAAAGACCGAUUUGUAAACAUACUUGGUGAAGAAUCCAAUAACAAGGAUAGUCAUCAUAGAAUGGUAGAAGGUGAUCCAUCGAAUAAGAAUAAAGCAGACUCCGAUGUAAAGGGUGAACGCGUUCCAAACGGUUGCGGAUCUAAGGAUCUUGAGCUCAUUCCGUUCGGUCGGAAAGAUCCGGGAAAGGUAUCGGGGGAUCUUGAAAAGGGAGUUAGCGAAAAGGCCGACUUUGAGAGUGCUAUAGAACUAACUGGGUAUGGAAAGUUUCAUUAUAUGCUGUUAGCAGUAUGUGGGUUUGUGAGCACAUCCGAGGAGAUGGACGUCAUUUCGAUGUCGUUCAUCUUACCGUCGGCGCAAUGCGAUCUAGAGCUCAAUACCUACUCCAAAGGAUGGUUGAAUUCGAUCAUCUUUAUUGGCAUGAUGGCUGGAGCAUAUGCAUGGGGUUCUGUAGCAGAUGCUUUGGGGCGUAGGAAAGUUCUUAUCGCCAUAUCGGUUAUGAACGCUCUUUGCAUUGUAGCUUCGAGUUUUAGCCAAAGCUAUGAGCUUUUCAUGCUAUUUCGAUUUUUGAACGGAGCAGCGUUAGGGGGCAGCGGGCCAGUAAUAUGGUCGUACUUUGCAGAAUUUCAACCGAAAGCCAAACGCGGAUCGAUGUUGUCCUUCAUGGCCGCUUUUUGGACGUUAGGAAAUCUUUUUGUAGCUGGAUUAGCGUGGUUGAUCAUUCCAACUGGAAUAGGAUACACAUCUCAAGUCUUUAUUUAUAAUUCUUGGCGCAUCUUUCUACUCAUUUGUUCAGUUCCAUCAUUUGUAGUAGCGGUACUUUUGUAUUUCUUACCCGAAAGUCCCAAAUUUCUUUUAUCACGUGGACGAGCCGACGAAGCUCUAGAUAUCUUCAAAAAAAUAUACAAAGUCAAUACAGGAAAAGAUGAAAAUGAAUAUCCAGUGAAGCAUCUAGUAGUAGAACAAGACGUUAUUAAAUCAAUCACAAGUUCCGAUAAGCCUGCGACAAAAAAUAAGUACAAGAACAUGAUGUCGGACAUCCUCUCAAACAGCAAACAAUUAUUUGUCAGCCCCAUUCUAAAAUUUACGCUCAUUUCCAUUACGAUCAAUUUUACUUUUCAUAUUGGGUACUAUGGUUUAAUGAUGUGGUUCCCUGAGUUAUUUAAUCGUUUUGAUGAGUAUGCCCGUCAGUAUCCGGACAAGACCGCCGACGUUUGUGCUGUAACCAAGUAUGUGACUGCGUCAGGAAGUCAGCAGGAUGGAAAAGUAUGCUCAGACAAAAUAGAAAGCGCCGUUUUCAUGGAAUCCCUUAUAACUGUAGCAUCAGCGUUACCAAGCAAUAUAAUUGCGGUUUUGGGUAUGGACCGCUUGGGAAGGAAAUUUUUCUUAGUAUUCAGUACAUUAACGUCGGGAAUUUGCGCAGCAUGUAUGUACUUGGUUUAUAACAAGAUGCAGAAUUUAGCAGUCUCUGCAGUUUUCAGUGGAGUGAUUUCUUGUGGAAACGCCGCUCUGGAUUGUUUAAUUACAGAAAUCUUUCCAACCAACCUCAGGGCUACGGGAGUCGCUAUUUCUAUGGUUGCAGCACGGUUAGGGGGUAUUAUUGGAAACAUUGUGAUAGCUACUUUAUUAGACCUAUACUGCCCCGCUCCAACUUUCAUUGUAGCAGCUUUGCUAAUUGGAGGGGGGCUUCUUUGUUUAACCUUACCUAAUACAACAAGAGAACCCUUGUCAUGAUAAGAAAUUAAGGUGUUUUCCACUAUCACGCAUUCAUUGGUUCAUUUUUUACUAUUUUUCAUGACCAAAAUCAUUCUUCCUAAUUUAACGGCGACAGCUUAGUGUCGAGCUGUAGAUACGAUCGUUUAAUAAGUAAUAUUACUUAUUAGGUGGUAUGAUGUUCAGUAGGUAGCUAUAAAGACUAUGUUAUUACCUCUAGACAACUUUGUAUUUUAAUUACUUAUGCAUAUAGUUUUAAUUAUGUUAUACAAUGAUUAAUAAAACAAAUUAUAUAACUGGCUAA